CAUCAUACUCUUGAUGCCCUCAUCCCUUCUUCUCCCUUGUCCUGCUCCGGCACCUCCCCACCCCCAUUUUUUUUAGUUUUUUAUAUUUAUUAUUAUUAGGGGAUUCCAAUCCCAACCAAGGGGAAGAAAGGAAAGGAUAGGCAAAGAUGGCGGCUUCUGAUUCUGAUGACCUGAUAAAGGAGGCGUUGCUGCAGGUAAGGGUGCGCGAUGAGGAUGGCGCGCUGGUGGACGCGCUGAACCGACGAGCUGCUGCUGCUACCGCCGCGCGGGGGGAGCCCAGCCCCAGCCCCAGCUUCUUCGAGGGGUUCGCUCUGCAGGGGAUCCGCGUCGAGAGCAUCCUCCCGGGCCACAUCCUCUGCUCCUUCACGGUCCCCGCACGCCUCACCGCCGGCGACAAUCACAUAGCCCCCGGCGCCGUGGUGGCCCUGGUGGACGAGAUCGGCUCCGCCGCCUCCGUGUCCGACGGCCACCACCUCAAGGUCUCCGUCGACAUGUCCGUCAACUUCGUCAACCUCGCCGCCGCCGCGCCCGGGGACGCCCUCCGCAUCACCGCCAGGGCGCUCGGCCACAAGGGCGCCUACUCCGGCACGCACGUCCUCGUCGCCAACGCCGCCACGGGGCAGGUCGUCGCCGAGGGGAGGCACUCGCUCUUCGGCAAGAUGAAGAUCAGGAGCAACAUCUGAAAUUCUGGCUGCUUCUCCUUGUCAGGAACGUGUGUGUAGCACCAUAGCAGCAGCUGCUUUGCUUCUUCAGUAAAAACAGUUGCAUUAUGUUUAUUUGCCUAAGUACAAUAACAUCUGCUCCCACACGAUCAAUGAAUCCACUAUCAUUCGUUCU